AAACCAUUGAACGUAAUGUAUGAACGACUCACUGAUGAGACAAAUGCUGAAUCACUUUCCGAUUGUUUUUCAGUGAAUAAAGUGUUUGAAAAUUGUUUCACUCUUUGGGUCUUUAAUUGUCCGCUAAUUAUCUGUUGACUUGUGUUGAGUGACACAUCCCUGAAGACAAGAUGUCGAGAGGAAGUUCUGCCGGAUUUGAUCGACACAUCACUAUAUUCUCACCCGAAGGACGUCUAUAUCAAGUCGAAUAUGCGUUUAAAGCCAUCAAUCAGUCGGCGAUCACAUCGUUGGGACUGAAGGGCAAAGACUGUGCGGUUGUGGUGACCCAGAAGAAGGUGGCGGACAAACUGAUCGACCCGUCGACGGUCACCAACUUGUAUCGCAUCACUCCCAGCAUUGGUUGUGUGAUUACUGGUAUUGUUCCCGACUCGACAUCACAGGUGCAAAGAGCGCGCUAUGAGGCGGCGAACUUCAAGUAUAAGUUCGGGUAUUCAAUGCCUAUAGAGGUGUUGUCCCGCAAACUGGCGGACAUCGCACAGGUGUACACACAGAACGCAGAGAUGAGACCAUUGGGCACAUCCAUGAUGUUAAUCGCUUACGAAGAAGGUAAGCCAUUGCUCUUCAAGACAGACCCGGCCGGCUAUUACUGCGGAUACCGGGGCUGUGCUGUGGGUGUGAAGGCAGUUGAGGCGCAGAAUCAGUUGGAGAAGAAGCUGAAGAAGCGAACCGAUUAUGACGAGAAGGAGACCAUUCAGUUGGCCAUCACAACCCUCUCCAAUGUGUUGACCAUUGAUUUCAAGCCCAAUGAGAUACAGGUAGGCGUUGUGGACAGCAGUGGACUAUUCCGGGCGCUCACCGAACAAGAGAUCGAACUCCACUUGACUUCUAUUGCAGAAAAAGAUUGAAUUUAUAUUUAUUUUUAAUCUGAUUUCGUAUAAUAAAUAAAACAUUUUUUAAUUUUAAAAAAUUUAAA